AUGUUCCUGGCGCAUCCCUGGGCCCUCGUGGGCGUUGGCCUCGCCGCGCUGGGUUUCUACCUCUACCGGCGGCUCGAGUACCACAGGAUUCGGCAACAUGCUCAUCUGCCUCGGGUCAAGCCCUCCCUCUUCUGGGGUCACCUUGCGUGUCUUGGCGAGUACUACAAGGCCGAAGGCGAGGAAGCCGUCGACUCUGACUAUGUCUUCUCCGCCAUGUUAAAGUCCAUCGGCAACCCUGAUGUCAUGGUCCUCGACGUUCGGCCCUUCAACCGGCCCAUCCUGGUGAUUCGCGAUGCCGACAUCGCCGAGCAGGUGUCUAAACAGACCAAGGCGUGGCCUUAUAGUAUUCCUAAGAACCAUAGGAUGGGCUUCCUCGGUCCUCUCAUCGGAUCUCAAUCCAUUAUCCUCACGACCGGACACAAAUGGAAAGAGACCAGGAAGCGGUUUAAUCCCGGGUUUUCUCAUCAACAUCUCAUGUCCCUGUUGCCCAUCAUAUUCGAUAAGACGGAGCCCUUCUUGGCCCAUCUUCAUCGGUACGCUCAGACCGGCGAAGCCUUCACCCUCGAGCCGUUGUGUACAGGGAUGACUUUUGAUAUCAUCGGAGCCGUCACGAUGGGCCAUGACGUCGGCGCCCAGCUGCCGGCCGAUCAGCAAACCGAGUUCAUCAAGUUGUACAGGGAUCUCCUGUCUACAUACGAGAACGACGACGGCGGAGUCCCUGCCGUGAUGCAACCUCUAACCGUCUGGACGCGCCACCGGCGAGCCAAGCGCCUCGACGCGCACAUGCGGGGGAUCAUCCAGCAAAAGUACGAGGAGUUGAAGAAGCAGAGGCAGGGCAAGAAGAGGACGAGCAGCCGCAGCGUGCUCGCGCUGCGUCUCCAGGACGAAGACGAACUCACCGAGGACGUGGUCCGGGACACCAUCGACCAGCUCAAGUCGUUCCUGUUCGCCGGCCACGACACCACGAGCAUACUCCUCCAGUGGGCGUUUUACGAGCUGUCGCGCACGCCGCGGGCGCUCAAGGCGCUGCGGGCGGAGCUCGACGACCUGUUCGGACCCGGCGGCCCGGACGACGCCGAUGCCGACUUGGAAACGGUCCGCCGCGCCUUCGAGACCAACGGCGAGGACCUCAUGGGCAGGAUGACGUACAUGUCGGCCGUCAUCAAGGAGAUCCUGCGGCUCUACCCGCCGGCGGGCACGGCGCGGUACGUGCCGCCGGGUUCCAACUGGCAUCUUACGCGGAAAGACGGCAGCAAGGUUUGCGCCGAGGGCGUCAUCCUCUAUAACUGCCACCCUCUGAUCCAGCGGGACGAGGCCAUCUACGGCCCGACGGCCAACGACUUUAUCCCGGAGCGAUGGCUGGGUAACACGGACACGUGGAUGGACAAGGAAGGCGAGGAGGAGGAGGAGGAAGAGGAAGAUCGUAAGGUAGCGGCGGAAGGCGGCGACGGAGAAGACCACGAGAAGAAGCCGGCGGGACGUUCGAUCCCCGCGGCGGCGUGGCGACCGUUUGAGCGGGGACCGCGAAACUGCAUCGGGCAGGAGCUGGCUAAUAUCGAGGCUCGGGUCAUCUUGGCCUGUGCAGCGCGAAAGUACGACUUUUUCAAGGUGGGCGCUGGGGAGGCCAAGCUCGACUCGAAGGGGAAACCUAUCCUGAACGAGAAGGGUCAGCAUGUUUCCGACUCCAAGGUGUAUACUAGGCGGAGUGUGACAUCUCGUCCUCAUGAUGGGAUUGAAGUACGGGUUAAGCUGCGAGAAGGGUGGUCAUAG